UGUCAAAAUAAAUAAUCCGAAGGACCGUCAUUAUUCGCAAAUCAUCUAUCCACUUUGUUUCGUGUGCUGUUACUGUUUUUAGUGAAAUCUAGGAUAAAUUUUAAUACUCAGCAUUUAAAUUAACUUAUUCUUCUGGGUAACAAUGCCUUGCUACACAGUAAAAGUUAAAUGGGGAAAAGAAAGCUUUCCAAAUGUUGAGGUUAACACUGACGAAGAACCUAUGCUUUUCAAAGCCCAACUCUACGCGUUAACGGGAGUACAGCCCGAGAGACAAAAGAUUCUCUGCAAAGGAAUCAGUCUGAAGGAUGAUGAGUGGAAUAUGUCAAUCAAAAAUGGCGCCACACUCUUGCUGUUAGGAACAAGAGAGGAGGUUCCCCAAGAACCAGUUGAGAAACCUAAAUUCAUUGAAGACAUGAACGAAAGUGAACUAGCCUCGGCUUUGGAGCUACCUGCGGGGUUGACGAAUCUUGGAAACACAUGCUACAUGAAUGCUACGCUGCAAUGUCUUAAGUCUGUCCGUGAAUUGCGAAACGCUUUGAAAGAUUUCAAGGAAACGUCGGGUGGUUCAUCAGGACUGGCCGAUCUCGCUUCACCUGGUGCCAUUACACUAUCUAUGCGAAAUCUUUUCGAUGAUAUGGAACGAAGCGAUACCGUUACACCGGUGCUUUUCCUACAGCGAAUGCACAUCGCAUUCCCAAACUUUGCUCAAACGGGCGAGAAUGGAACCUAUCGUCAACAGGACGCCAACGAAUGUUGGUCUGAGUUGUUGAAAAUGCUUCAGCAAAAGUUGCCACCGUCGAAAGGUGACUGUGAUCAAGUUGUCAAGCAUAAUUCAUUCAUCGAUCAAUGGUUCGGUGGUACUUUUGAUGUUGAAAUGAAAUGCACCGAAGCGGAUGAUGAACCUGCUAGUAAAUCGAAAGAAAACUUUCUCCAGUUAAGUUGUUUCAUUUCCACCGAGGUUAAGUAUAUGCAUUCAGGAAUAAGAUUGAGAUUGAAGGAACAACUUACAAAAAGAUCCCCAACGCUGGAACGUGAUGCCGUGUAUACUAAAACGUCACUAAUAAGCCGCCUUCCAGCUUAUCUGACCGUGCAGUUCGUGCGGUUCCAGUAUAAAGGCAAGGAAGGAAUCAAUGCGAAGGUCCUGAAGGAUAUUAAAUUCCCGAUGGAGUUCGAUGCUUUUGAAUUGUGCACACCGGAACUACAGGCCAAACUGUCGCCGGUGCGAGCUAAAUUCAAGGACAUUGAGGAUGCAGAACUGGAGCGCAAUCUGAAAGGAAAGAACAAAAGUAAGGCGGACCUUGAGAAGGAAAAACCGAAAACAAUCGCUCAGCCGUACUGUUUUGAAGAUGAUUUGGGAAGCAACAACAGUGGAUAUUACACACUACAAGCAGUGCUAACUCACCAGGGUCGGUCUAGUUCUUCCGGUCAUUAUGUGGGUUGGGUGCGCCAGAAGGGAGACCAGUGGAUCAAGUUCGAUGACGACUACGUUUCCCCGGUCGACACGGAUGCAAUUCUAAAGCUAUCUGGCGGGGGUGAUUGGCACUGUGCUUACGUACUGGUGUACGGGCCGAAGAUACUGGAACUACCAGCGGAUGACGAAAAGACUGCUACUGAUGCUGCCGGUGGAGAUGGCACCACUACGACUACGGACACAGCAUCAAGUGAGAAAAUGACUGUCGACUGAACCGUCUGCUUAUUCGUUUUGUUUGAACGGGAUGGAGUGGUUUCGCGUUUUGCUUUGCUCUAUAUCUGUGUAUAUCUGUCACGAUUGCGUAAUUGGAUUUAAUGACGAAAUAGCCACUCGAUAGAUAGCGUUGAAAGGUACACAUUUUUUCAAAUAAACAAAUGAACAACA